UGUUACGUUGAAACAGUCGGGUAGGAACUAGGAAGGUUGGGCCUCUGAUUCAGUAUUAAGCAAAGGCCAAAUGCCACCGAUCCCGACGCUCACACUCUCCAGAGCACUGCACACUGCACAGCCGCCACAGCAGCCUGGUGAGUGUCUGAGUGAGCACUGAGCAGCUAGCCAUGGUUCUGUGCUUCAAGCUCCUGUUCGGCCCCACGGCCGCCAUCUUCCUCUCGGCCGUCGUCAUCCUCUCCUGCUUCACCAACGUGCCGCGCCUGCAGCUGGGCUACACCGACGGCGACCUCGGCCGCUCGUCCUACCUCGCGGCGCCGGCGCCGCCGCCCAAGUGCGACAUCUUCCGGGGCGAGUGGGUGCCGGACCCGGACGCGCCGCACUACACCAACGAGACGUGCGCCUUCAUCCAGGAGCACCAGAACUGCAUGUUCUACGGCCGCCCGGACCUCGACUUCCUCAAGUGGCGCUGGAAGCCGCACGGCUGCGACCUCCCGCGGUUCGACCCGCACAGGUUCCUCGCCGUCGUCGGGAACAAGACGAUCGCGUUCGUCGGCGACUCGCUGGCCAGGAACCACAUGCAAUCCCUCCUCUGCCUCCUCUCCAAGGUGGCGUCGCCCAAGGACGUGUCGGUGACCGACAAGUCGGACCCGAACAAGAUCCUCUACUACGAGGGCUACAACUUCACCAUCUACCUCUUCUGGUCGCCGUUCCUGGUGCGGUCGGAGGAGGUCGGCGGCGACCGCCCCGGCGUGUUCAGGCUGUACCUGGACGAGCCCGACGACAGGUGGCUGUCCGCCUCAUCCCGGUUCGACUACGUGCUCCUCUCGGGGGCCAACUGGUUCACGCGGGAGUCCUACUUCUACGAGCGCGGGCAGCUCGUCGGCGGCAUGUACGUCCCGCUCAACUUCACCAGCUCCCUCACCAACCAGUACUCCCACCGCAUGGCGUUCCGGACGGCGCUCCGGGCGCUCACCGUCGCCCGGUUCCGGGGCAAGGUCAUCCUGCGGACGCUGUCGCCCAUGUCGCACUUCGAGGGCGGGGCGUACAACGCCGGCGGGGACUGCCGGCGCACGCGGCCGUUCGGGGCCAACGAGACGGCGCCCAUGGGGGGCGUGGAGCUGGGGUUCUACACGUCGCAGCUGGAGGAGUUCAGGGAGGCGGCGGCGGCGAGGGGCCUGGACGUGGCGCUCAUGGACCCCACCGCCGCGAUGCUGAUGCGGCCCGACGGGCACCCCAGCCGGUACGGGCACUGGCCGGACGAGAAGCGGACGCUGUACAACGACUGCAUCCACUGGUGCCUGCCAGGGCCCGUCGACGCCUGGAACGACAUGCUGCUCCACAUGCUGUCAGAUUCAAAUUAACACACGAUUAAGAUGGGUUUUUGCUUCUGAUCAUGGAGUUGGUUUAGUUUAGUUUUGCCUCGAUACAUACAGUGUACCCCGUGCAUCAUGCUGGAUUGAGCACAGGUUUACCGUACCCUCAUCGAUUUUUAUCAUCUUAGGCAUGAGCAUUAGAUCAGGGUUGUAAUUGGAGUGUCAAACACCGUAAUUAUAAUGGAUUGUAUGUGA